AUUCAAUAUAAUGGAGAUUAUCCUAUAAUCGCUACAUAUGAAGGCAAAUUUGUAAAUUCCUUUUGUUUUCAAAAUUCCAAAGUUUUAGAAAUCUCAACGAUUAGAGAAUCAAUUAUUGAAUACGAAGAUGAUUAUGCAAUAGAGGAUAACAAUGCCGAUGAAGAUGAUGAAUACGCAAUAGAA